CCUUUUACUUUGUAAUAUACCUUUGCCUCAACACACAAAACAAAACAUAAUGCCGAUUGCCGUGAACGUAUGGGUUAGUUGUGUGUUGUUGUUAUAGGAAGUGCGUUGAGUGAAGUUACUGUAUUUUAUGGAAUGACACCUUUCGUAUUGAAACAUAAUGAUGCAUACCAUUCACAGACAAGUCCAUUUCGUGAGAAGAAUUGUAUCUGACGUUACUCGAGUUUUUAAAAAUACUGCGGUAGCGAAACACCAAGUGUGCCCACACGUGAGAAUUCUGAGUAGUGUACGGUUCAAUAGUUCUACGUUGCACUGUAUACAGAAGAGUGAUAACAUUGAUGGAGAUGCGGCAAGUAUAACAAACGGAAACCCUGAUCUGGAGAAAAAACUUAAAAUUCUUAACUUAGAGAUAGAUGUCUUGCGACAAGAAGGCGCGCAAGUUCCUGAGAACGUGAAUACAGAACAAUGGAAAGAACUAUUAUCGAUGCCAACAAGAAGUAAGAGACUAAAAUACCUGAAGUACCUUUGGAAAAUAGAAAUGAAGGAGUUGAGCAGGCUGAAGAAAAAACAGAUGCGACAACAGGAAAGAUUGAAGGGGUUGGAACGUGCUGGACAAGAAGAGAACGCUCACAUUCAGUACGGUUUAGGCAAAAAUACUUUGUUUUUGCGUGUGUAUGAUACGACCAUAAACCGAUUUUAUAACAGUAGGCUUUUGACCGCUAUGAUGUUUGGUCAGAAGCUUGUGAUGGAUUGUAGUUACGAUUCGCAGAUGGUGAAGCGUGAGGCGCAAAAUUGCGCGAAGCAGCUCAUGAUGGCAUUUGCAGAGAAUCGGUUACACGAUGAUCCGUUUGAUUUACAUUUGUGUAAUAUUAACCGCGAAAGUGUAACAAUGCAAGAGUUGCACAAAUUUAUUAACCCGCUGUAUGAAGAUCAUUUUCCACUUAAUUUAACGGAAAAUAGUUACUUGGACUUGUUUCCCAAAGACAAAAUUGUCUAUUUAACACCACAUUGUCGAGAAGAAUUAAUAAAUUACGAUCAUGAAGCUGUCUAUGUUAUAGGCGCCGUAGUUGAUAAAUCAAGUUUAGGCCCUGUUUCCUUAGCAAAAGCCAAACGCGAAGGUGUGAAAAUGGCAAAACUUCCUCUUGACAGGUACCUAACUUGGGGUGCAGGUAGUGGAAAAUCUCUUACAUUGAACCAGAUGAUACAGAUAUUGUUGGAAAUCAAAACAAGCGGAGACUGGGGGAAAGCUUUGUCUUUUGUACCUAGAAGGAAACUGAUUACGACAGCAGAAAGGGAAACAGCUUUUUUAAAAGGAAGGAAUAACUAUGAAUUUAGAAGACCUGUGGAGGUUAGAAAAGCUUGGAAUACAAAGUGAAUAAAUUGCAACUUGUUAUUCGCUGCAGUAACACAUCAGAGUUACUACUCUAACUCUUUUUGUACUUGUGAGCUGUGUAACUAUAAGUUGAGUGUUUCAUAUAUUUUUAUACUUUCUGUUCUGUUGGUCUGAUAAGUACUGUUCACAAGCUAGUUAAUCAUACAGAAGAUAUGCAAAAUAAUAAGCUUGGAAUAUAAAAAGAAAUGUAAAUUGC